AUGGCUCGAAGCUCCACGCCGCAGGGCAGCCUGCGCCAGAGAGUUCCGCCAUCAAAGAAGGCCUCCGACGACGACAAUUUCAAUCCCAAUGUUGAGCUCGACAAGCUUGCCAAGGCCGGCGCUCAACGGGCUGCCGUCCAGAGCGAGACCGAAUACAAGAUUGGUCUCGUUAUCGUCACUGUCUUGUCCUUCGUGACUCGAUUCUGGGGUAUCAGCCAUCCCAGCGAGGUUGUCUUCGAUGAGGUGCACUUUGGAAAGUUCGCCUCCUAUUACCUCGAGCGAACCUACUUCUUCGAUGUCCACCCUCCUUUCGGCAAGCUUCUCUUCGCUUUUGUCGGCUGGCUGGUCGGUUACGAUGGCCACUUCCACUUCGAUAACAUUGGCGACUCCUACAUUGCGAACAAGAUCCCAUACGUGGCCUUCCGAGCUCUGCCCGCUACUCUCGGUGCUUUGACUGUCGCUGUUACGUACCUCAUCAUGUGGGAGUCUGGCUACAGCCUCCCUGCUUGUAUCCUUGCCGCUGGUCUUAUCCUCCUCGAUAACGCCCACAUUGGCCAGACCCGACUUAUCCUCUUGGAUGCUACUCUGGUUCUUGCCAUGGCCUGCAGUCUUCUCUUCUACAUCAAAUGGUACAAGCUCCGACACGAGCCUUUCUCCCGCAAGUGGUGGAAGUGGCUUAUUCUUACCGGAUUCGCUCUUUCUUGCGAUAUCUCGGUCAAGUAUGUCGGUGUCUUUGCCUUCGUCACCAUUGGCUCUGCUGUUGUUAUCGACCUCUGGGAUCUCCUUAACAUCAACCGACCCGGUGGUGCCAUUAGCAUGCAGGAGUUUGCCAAGCACUUCGCUGCUCGUGCCUUUGGUCUGAUCAUCAUGCCCUUCCUGUUCUACCUCUUCUGGUUCCAGGUUCACUUCGCCGUCCUCUACCGAUCCGGUCCUGGUGACGAUUUCAUGACUCCCGAAUUCCAGGAGACCUUGAGCGACAAUGUCAUGCUGGCCAACGCAAUUGAUAUCCAGUACUACGACAGCAUUACUAUCCGACACAAGGAGACCAAGACCUACCUCCACAGUCAUGAGGACCGUUACCCGCUCCGAUACGACGAUGGCCGUGUUUCCAGCCAGGGUCAGCAGAUUACUGGUUACCCUUACAACGAUACCAACAACUACUGGGAGCUUCUGCCCGCCGAUAACGACAAGAAGCUUGGACGCAUUGUCAAGAACCACGAUCUCGUUCGUCUCCGCCACGUCGGCACUGACAAGAUUCUUCUCUCUCACGAUGUCGCCUCUCCUUACUACCCUACCAACCAAGAAUUCACUGCUGUCACCCCUGAGGAGGCCCUUGGCAAGCGUGAGAAGGACACUCUUUUCGAGGUUCGAAUUGAGCACGGAAAGAAGAACCAGAACUUCAAGUCGGUUGCCGGUCACUUCAAGCUCAUCCACAACCCAAGCAAGGUUGCCAUGUGGACUCACACCAAGCCUCUGCCCGAGUGGGGUUACAAGCAGCAGGAGAUCAACGGUAACAAGCAGAUUGCACCCAGCUCCAAUGUCUGGAUCGCUGAGGACAUUGCUUCGCUACCUGCCGAUCAUCCUCGUCGCCAGAAGCCUGAGCGCAAGGUCAAGUCUGUGCCCUUCCUUAAGAAGUGGUUCGAGCUUCAGCGUGCUAUGUUCUACCACAACAGCAAGCUCACCAGCAGCCACCCCUAUGCCAGCCACCCCUACCAGUGGCCUUUCCUGCUCCGUGGUGUGAGCUUCUGGACCCAGAGCGAGACCCGCCAGCAGAUCUACUUCCUGGGCAACCCCGUCGGUUGGUGGCUCGCUAGCAGUCUUCUUGCUGUCUACGCUGGUAUCCUCCUCGCCGAUCAGGUGUCUCUUCGCCGUGGUAUUGAUGCUCUCGACCGCCGUACUCGCUCUCGCAUGUACAACUCUACUGGUUUCUUCUUCCUGGCCUGGGCCACCCACUACUUCCCAUUCUUCCUCAUGGGACGACAACUUUUCUUGCAUCAUUAUCUUCCUGCCCAUCUCGCCUCUUGUCUGGUUGCCGGUGCCCUUCUUGAGUUCAUCUUCAACUCUGAGCCUCCCGAGGAGAUCGAGAUCAAGGACAAGAAGGGUUCCGUCAGCCCCAGGCACCAUGUUACCGCCGGUGAGCGAUUCGCUGGUCAGAGCAUGUUCGGUGCUUGGGUCGCUUGUGGUGUCAUUCUCUCCCUGGUCAUUGCUGGCUGGUACUUCUUCCUGCCCCUCACUUACGGUUACCCUGGCCUCUCUGUCGAGGAGAUUCUUCGAAGGAAGUGGCUCGGAUAUGACCUGCACUUCGCCAAAUAA